AUGCUGAUGUUGAAGAAAUCCCGAUUGACCAUGGCUCCUAUUUAUGAUAUCUCGAACAAGCGGAUGGAGUUCAAGGGAGCAGUUAGGCUUAUCUUGCAACUCGAAAAUGGCGCUACAGGGAUGGCUCAGCACCGCGGUGUAGCUUUCAUCAUGGAAGCCCUUCCCAACAUUUGUAUCGAGGACAGCUUGGCAGGAGGCACGCUGAUGAGAGCGAGGGAAGGCGGAGCA